UACCCAGAGGCUUUGACUGACCCCAGCUAUAGAGGUCAGAUCCUGACCCUGACCUACCCCAUAGUGGGGAACUAUGGCGUUCCAAACACUCAGGAGCUGGAUGAGCUGGGCCUGAGAAGGAACAUCGAGUCAGACCGGAUACAGGUCGGUCUGCUGUGUAUAUGUGUGUUAGUGAUGUGUGGGUUGAUUCAUAACCCGCAGUCCUCGUGGUUAUAUCCACGGGGCGGACGGGUUUAGGGUCAUGAAAUAUUGUGUGGAUGAAGGGUGGGCGGUUGGCGGGCAGGUUCAAUAAAGAGAAAACAAUGUAUAAUCAUUAUUUUUUAAAGUAUAAUUCUGGGGCCUCCCGAGUGGCGCAGCAGUCUAAGGCACUGCAUUGCAGUGCUGAGGCGCCACUACUGCCUCCAGUUCGAUCUCAGGCUGUGUCACAGCCAGCCGUGACCAGGAGCCCCACAAUUGGCCCAGCGUCGUCCGGGUUAGGGGAGGGUUUGGCCAGGGGAUUUCCUUGGCUCAUCGCGCUCUAGCGACUCCUUGUGGCGGGCCGGGCGCCUGCAAGCCGACACAUUAGUGCGGCUGGCUUCCGGGUUAAGCGAGCAGUGUGUUAAGAAGCUGCGUGGCUUGGCGAAUCAUGUUUCGGAGGACGCAUGACUUGACCUUCGCCUCUCCUGAGCCCAUUGGGGGAGUUGCAGCGAUGAGACAAGAUCGUAACUACCAGUUGGAUAUCACGAAAUUGGGGAGAAAAAGGGGCUAAAAUUCACAAAAAAAUGUAUAAUUCUUGUGCAAUUUAUAUCUGUAGCCUACAUUGAGGUUUUACUUUCAUUAUUUUUUAUCUCGCGUUAGUGUGUACCCUAAGCCUAAACUUUAGGGCCUAACUGUACGCUUGCCAAAUAAUUUUGGGAAUUUGGGCUGAAAAAGUUAACGUUGAUCCACUGAGGCAAAAAGGACAAUGUCGGAGUGUAAUUCAAAAAGAGAAAAGCUGCGAAAUGAAGAGUUGAAAUAAAUAGAAGGGAGGGCCAGAAUAGUAGUCUGUUUGGGAAACAUUUGGUGAAGUGGUAAAAGAGGAUGAUAGCAGUGUUAUGUUAUGCUAUGUUUUAAAGUUGGCAGCUCCUUUGUUUCACUGUUAGUCAAGUCAAAUUUUAGGGUAUUUAAAGUGCAUCUUACAAGGUCUCAUACUCUUUACAGAGGAAAUAAAGAACAGCUUUUUUAGGUUGAUAACUCAAGUGUGGUUUGUGUUGUGACUCAUGUUUGGUUUUUGUUGUGGUUUCUGCAGGUAUCUGGACUCCUGGUGCAGGAUUACAGUCAUGAGUACAGCCACUGGAACUCUGUCAAGUCCCUGGGACAGUGGCUACAGGAGGAGAAGGUAGUAGAGACAGCACUACAGUCCUUAAAGCCUUCUAACAUGGUCAACUUAACAUAAGUCUUAAUGUUGUCUGUCAAGUCCCCAGCGUUAGUUCUCAUUAGUAGUGGGUCCGCCCUCAAAAAGGAGAUUGUCUGUUAUUUUCUGCCUUUUUAUUCAUUGAGGCAUAACAUAACUUCUUUUUAAUCUUCUUUUUGAGUGCAGACCCACUACUAAUGCAUCUGAUGUUUUACUUUUGACUAAUGCACCAGUUCCGAUUACAGUGGUUUAAAGAACCUUUUGAAAACAUUGCACUUCGACUCAUUUUCUAACCGCACAAGUCUUACUGCAAUGUUAAUGUUGUCAACUGGCAAUUAGUAUUUUCUCAUAUUGUUUGAAAGGUCCCUGCAUUGUUUGGAGUGGAUACUAGGAUGCUGACCAAGAUCAUCAGAGACAAGGUAAAAGUAUUUUUACUGUGAGCCUUGUCCGAGCCAGAAUGGCCUAUAAGGCAGGAGCCUAUCUCCUGUCUCUGUAGCUUGAGGCAGCUUGAUGUACAAGUACAUUCCCUGGACAGGAAGCUAGUCUUGUUACUGCUUUACUCUGAUUGUAUUUAAAGAAACAUGACUAUUUGUCCUCUUGAAGAAAAUAAAAAGCAUUUUCUUUUACAGAAAAUAUGUCUCUUUGUCUUGUGACCAGGGUACAGUGUUGGGGAAGAUAGAGUUUGAGGGCCAUCCAAUGGAGAUAUCAGACCCUAACCAGCAGAACAUUGUAGCAGAAGUCUCAACAAAGGUUUGUUCUGACUGCUAUACGAUAAAAUGUCUUCUGUUGUUAUGGAUAUGAUUCUGCUGCAAAACAUAUUCCGCCCUAUUGAUGAUGAUGAUGAUGAUAUCCUCUCAUUGUUCUUGUAUGUUUCCAGGAGACCAGAGUGUUUGGGAAAGGUAACCUCAUCAAAGUGGUGGCUGUUGACUGUGGCAUCAAACACAACAUAAUCAGGCUGCUUGUUAAGGUGAGAAUGCGAGACUGGAGGAGAUAGUUCAGCAGUCCGUAGAUGAUACAACUUACAAUACAGUAGGGCUGUCCCCGACAAAAAAAAAUAUUGGUCUGUUCUUUUGACCAAUCGAUUGGUUGACAUUUUUAAACGUGUAUUUUUCCAUAUAUAGACACACCUUAUGUGUUUUAAAUAAAAUUAACUAUAUGCAUUGAGCUUGUCUGAUGCUUACACCUUAGGGUUUGAUGAAAUAAGACAAAUGCCUCAAGAGGGCAUCAUAUAUCUAGAUUACCAGAAGAAAAAAACCUGACCCAACUAUUCUCCUCCCACUCCUGCUGGCUUUCGCAGAUUCUGCCAAUACUUUCCUGAAGUUGCCGGUAAUAGGCUACACAAGCAGUCUGCAACCUUUCUCAUGUGGAAUGCCAGUUUAUCUUACAAUUUCUACCGAUCUGCCUGCCAGUUAUGGUUUUCAUAUGCAAAUGUUCAUAAAACAGUUUAAUUUCAUUUAUAAUAACAUCUUCAUAUCUCAAAAUCAUUGUCAUGUGGUUAAUCAAAACUCUGUCAAGUCCCUGGGACAGUGGCUACAGGAGGAGAAGGUAGUAGAGACAGCACUACAGUCCUUAACGCCUUCUAACAUAGUCAACUUAACAUAAGUCUUAAUGUUGUCUGUCAAGUCCCCAGCGUUACAGUUCUCAUUAGUAGUGGGUCCGCCCUCAAAAAUGAGAUUUUCUGUUAUUUUCUGCCUUUUUAUUCAUUGAGGCAUAACAUAACUUCUUUCUAAUCUUCUUUUUGAGUGCAGACCCACUACUAAUGAAUCUGAUGUUUUACUUUUGGCUAUUGCACCAGUUCCGAUUACAGUGGUUUAAAGAACCUUUUGAAAACAUUGCACUUCGUCUCAUUUUCUAACAGCACAAAUCUAAAUGAAAAUGAUACAAACCUAAAAAGUAACUUCUAUUGCCAUUAACAACUAUGUAAAAAUAGCCUACAUAAUAAAAACAUUGCAGCCUGCAGGUAGAAAAUAUCCUGAUAAAAAUACAUAUCCUAUAAAUCACAUUGGCUACACAUGGCCUGUCUGCAACAAACUUGAAACAUUGUAUCAACUAUCCUUGGCCCUCAGAGUUUCCCGUGCCAGUGAGCUCGGGACAGACACAGCUGUAGGCUAUUUGCGCAAGGCAUAUGAAGCAGUGCUUGACUUGGGCAGGAGCUCAACAGGGCUGACUUCCGACACCUCAAAUGUUCUACUGCUUGAGCUCCUGUUCCUCAUAUAGAAUAUUAGCUCAAAAGUAUUGUGGAGCUCCUGCACCUAAAUAUGAACAGUACCAGCACCCAAAAUGAGUACCGGAACCUAUUUCAGUCCAAGUAAAGCACUGAUAAGAAGUAAUCAGGUAGGCUUAUUUUAUGACGUUUCCAUUGGAUCAGAGCAUGACAUUUUUCCCUUUCACGCUGAGUGGUUAUCGAAAGGGAGAGAGCUGGAAAGAUUUUAAAAAUACAUUGAGGAACUAUUGUAAUUCUCAAUGGAUGUAAAAACAGACUUAGUUUGCUUGCUGUUUGAGGUGAAGAAAACAUUACUUUGAGCAGCGCCACAGGUCAUUAGUGGUGGUGCGUUAAGCCAAUCAGAAAUACUAUCAGAUCCCUAAAUGGGCACAUUUAUAUGCCUACAUUUGCGCGCAGGUCAGGUAGCCUAUAGGUCUACUUCUAUGUGUGCGCAUCCUUACUCAACAUGGACAGGAGCGCUCCAAACAAAAGACAAUUACUAAAUUGACAAAACUCGUAAAUGGAAUGAAAUAAACCAAAACUUGUUUAGCGUAGUGUAGCAUAGGUUGUGCACUCUGCAAAUAAUUUGUCCACUCCGAUAAUGAGAACGGGAAGACUGGAAUAAUAAUAUUGAAUUCAUUAAAAUAAAUUACCAUAACCAAAGUAACAAACAUUGUAGAUUAGAAAUUAUAGGAAUUAAUGGUAAAUGUACUACUGGUGAUAUACAGUACCAGUCAAAAGUUUGGACACACCUAUUCAUUCCAGGGUUUUUCUUAAUUUUUUACUAAUUUCUACAUUGUAGAAUAAUAGUGAAGAAAUCUAAACUAUGAAAUAACACAUGUGGAAUCAUGUAGUAACCGAAAAAGUGUUAAACAAAUCAAAAUAUAUUUUGUAUUUGAGAUUCUUCAAAUAGCCACCCUUUGCCUUGAUGACAGCUUUGCACACUCUUGGCAUUCUCUCAACCAGCUUCAUGAGGAAUGCUUUUCCAACAGUCUUGAAGGAGUUCCCACAUAUGCUGAGCAGUUGUUGGCUGCUUUUGCUUCACUCUGCGGUCCAACUCAUCCCAAACCAUCUCAAUUGGGUUGAGGUCGGGUGAUUGUGGAGGCCAGAUCAUCUGAUGCAGCACUCCAUCACUCUCCUUCUUGGUUAAAUAGCCCUUACACAGCCUGGAGGUGUGUUGGGUCAUUGUCCUGUUGAAAAACAAAUGAUAGUCCCCACUAAUCGCUAACCAGAUGGGAUGGCGUAUCGCUGCAGAAUGCUGUGGUAGCCAUGUUGGUUAAGUGUGCCUUGAAUUCUAAAUAAAUCACAGACAGUGUCACCAGCAAAUCACCAUCACACCUCCUCCUCCAUGCUUCACUGUGGGAACCACACAUGUGGAGAUCAUCCGUUCACCUACUCUGCAUCUCACAAAGACACGGCGGUUGGAACCAAAAAUCUCAGAUUUGGACUCAUCAGACCAAAGGACAGAUUUUCACUGGUCUAAUGUCCAUUGCUCGUGUUUCUUGGCCCAAGCAAGUCUCUUCUUAUUAUUGGUGUCCUUUAGUAGUGGUUUCUUUGCAGCAAUUUGACCAUGAAGGCCUGAUUCACGCGGUCUCCUUUGAACAGCUGAUAUUGAGAUGUGUCUGUUACUUGAACUCUGAAGCAAAGUUAACUCUGUCUCUUCCUUUCCUGUGGCGGUCCUCAUGAGAGCUAGUUUCAUCAUAGCGCUUGAUGGUUUUUGUAACUGCACUUGAGGAAACUUUAAAAGUUCUUGAAAUGUUCCGUAUUGACUGACCUUCAUGUCUUAAAGUAAUGAUGGACUGUAGUUUCUCUUUGCUUAUUUGAGCUGUUCUUGCCAUAAUAUGGACUUUGUCUUUGACCCAAUAGGGCUAAAUUCCACAAAUUAACUUUUAACAAGGAUCACCUGUUAAAUGAAAUGCAUUCCAGGUGACUACCUCAUGAAGCUGGUUGAGAGAAUGCCAAGAGUGUGCAAAGCUGUCAUCAAGGCAAAGGGGGGCUACUUUGAAGAAUCUCAAAUAUAUUUUGAUUUGUUUAACACUUUUCUGGUUUCUACAUAAUUCCAAAUGUGUUCUUUCAUAGUUUUGAUGUCUUGACUAUUAUUCUACAAUGUAGAAAAUAUUAAAAAUAAAGAAAAACCCUGGAAUGAGUAGGUGUGUCCAAACUUUUGACUGGUACUGCAUGUAAUGGGGAAUUGAUAUACACUAACUGUCACGUUUCCUCCCGUUGCUCCCCUUUGGCGCUCUGAUUCGCCGGUCUACUAAGCCACCGGUCUGAGCGCACCUCCUCGGCAACACCGGAAUGGAAACCCAACGCACCCUAAUCACCUCCAGUGCACCUGCACCUCAUCAUCUCAUCACCACCCCUGUAUAGCCCUGGACUGUUCAGUGUUAUGUUGUGUGUGAUUGUUAGUGUCAUGUUGUGUACUCGCUCUUUGUUGUUCUCUUGCUCAGUGUUAAGUAAACCUUUACAUUGUUGAUUCCUGCGUCUGCGUCCUGCCUCUUCGUAUCCUCAGUACUCGUCACAGAAUCACACACCUCACGAAGAUGUAUGCAGCAGGUAAUCCUCCUGGAGUUUCCCAGCACCUCGACCAGCACCAGCAGCAGAUUGCCCAGCUGAACGCCUCCAUGCAGGAAGUGCUUCAAACGCUGCAUAAACUGACCAUCGCUCCGGUUCCACCUCAGGGAGCGGCGAGUGCACCUAGUCCACCUCCUCCUGUGCUAUCACCAACGUCUGAGGGACCCCUCGCCCUGCCAGAGCGCUGUGACGGGAAAACGACGAAAUGUAGAUGCUUCCUGCUACAGGUUUCACUGUAUCUGGACCACCAGACCAAGCCAGGAUAGCGCUGGUGAUUUCGAUACUGAAGGGAAAGGCGCUAGACUGGACCACGGCAGUCUGGGAAGGAGGUGAGGCCGCAGCGCUUCCCUACUCCACCUUCCUCGAUCGAUUCAGGGCGGUGUUCGAUCAUCCCACGGAGGGAAAGGACGGGGGUGAGCGUCUCCUCCGGCUACACCAGGGAGAGGAGGCAGCGUUCGAGUACUUCCUGAGCUUUCGCACGGUGGCGGCGUCUUCUGGCUGGAAUGAGCGUGCUCUGCACACAGCCUUCAGGAGAGGCUUACGGGAGGACAUCACGACGGAACUCGCAUGUCGGGACAACGAGAUGGACCUUUAUACCCUCAUCGCCACGUCCAUUCGUCUCGACGACAUGUUGAGAGACCGACGGCGUUCCCAACACCACCCGGAGCCUCGACGCUCACCCCAUCUGAACUAUGGAAGCCGCCCUGCUUCCGAGUCCUCACCCAUGGAGGUGGGUAGCACCCCCUACACCACCAUGGACCACAGAUCUCCUGGUGGCUCGCUAUCUAGGCAGUAUGACUCCCUUCGCCGUUCUGUCAGUGUUCCGUCAUCACCUUUUAGUUCCCCUAACGGUGAAUGGUUCUUCCUUCUCUUCGCUUUCCACGGCAAUGAUAGAUUCUGGAUCAGCGGGGAACCUUAUCGAUAGGUAGCUGGUCUCUGAAUGGGGGUUGCCCACCGUGCCACUGCCUUCUCCGUUACACGUCACCUCGCUGGUCAAUAAACCACUAGGAUCAGGCACCAUUAUGCACGUCACUCUCCCCAUCACCAUCACCAUUCCCACACUACCGGAGCACCACGAGGAGCUGUCCUUCCACAUCGUCACGUCACCCCUUCACCGGAACUUCUUGGGACUGCCCUGGCUCAGACUACACAACCCCACCAUCAAUUGGAGCACCAAGAGGAUCACAGCCUGGUCCCCCUCAUGCCGGAGGACCUGCCUGCCGGUGGUUUGUUGUUCCACGUCAGUGGAGAGUCCGGAAUCCGCCCUCCAGCCCAACAUUCCAUGUGAGUACGCAGAUCUCUCCGAUGUCUUCUCUGCCUCCAAGGCUAAGUGUCUCCCUCCUCACAGGCCCUGGGACUGCGCCAUUGACCUGCUGGAGGGACAACACCCCCCGAAGAUUCGCAUUUACUCCCUUUCCAUAGCGGAGACUGAGACCAUGGAGAAGUAUGUGGCAGAGACCCUGAAACUCUCUUACUCCGCCAGCUUCUUCUUCGUGGACAAAAAAGACGGAGGACUGAGGCCUUGCAUUGACUACCGGGGGCUGAACGCAGUCACCACCAAGUACCGGUACCCCUCACUCUGGUUCCGUCGGCCAUCGAGCAGCUAUGAGGGGCCCGGUACUUUACCAAGUUGGACCUGAGGAGUGCCUACAACCUGAUCUGAAUCUGGGAAGGAGACGAGUGGAAGACUCCAUUCAGCACUAUCUCAGGCCACUAUGAAUACUGCGUCAUGCCCUACGGCCUCGCCAACGCACCUUCCGUGUUCCAGUCCUUCGUCAAUGAUGUGUUCCGAGUCAUGCUGAGUAGACAGGUGGUGGUGUACAUCGACGAUAUCCUGAUCUACUCGGCUACGUUCGAGGAGCACGUCAGGGACGUCCGAGCGGUUCUACUCCGCCUCCGGGAACACAGCCUGUUGGUGAAAGGGGAGAAAUGUGAAUUCCACCAACAGGCCAUCUCCUUCCUGGGAUACAGGAUCAGUCCUCAGGGGGUGUUCAUGGAAAGAGCGAAGACGGACUCCGUCAGGUCAUGGCCAGUCCCCACCACCAUCAAGGGCCUACAGAGCUUCCUAGGCUUCGCAAAUUUCUACCGGUGUUUCAUCAGGUCCUUCAGCUCCAUAGCCGCCCCGCUCACCUCUCUCCUUAAGGGUGGGCCUCAGAAGCUGGCCUUGAACCCAGAGACUGACGCUGCCUUCAAGAGGCUGAAGGAGAGGUUCACCACAGCGCCCCUCCUAAAACACCCAGAUCCAGCUUGUCCUUUCAUCCUGGAGGUGGACGCAUCUGAGGAGGGUGUGGGUGGGGUCCUCUCGCAGCGGCAAGGUAAGCCAGAGAAAAUGCAUCCCCGUUUCUCUAAAAAGCUUACCCCCGCAGAGAGGAACUAUGGAGUUGGAGACAGGGAGCUGUUGGCGGUGGUCCUCGCUCUGGAGGAAUGGAGACACUGGCUGGAGGGCACAGUCCAUCCAUUCCGGAUUCUCACUGGAGCACAUACGGGCAGCGAAACGGAUGAACUCACGUCAAGCCAGGUGGGCCCAAUUUCUUACUCGUUUUCAGUUUAUUCUGUCCUACCGCCCAGGAUCCCAGAAUGUGAAGGCCGACGCACUCUCCAGGAUGCACCAUACCGGAGAAAGGAAGGAUCUGGGGGGUCCGUCUCUCAUUGUGGCACCUGUCGUUUGGGAUGUGGACGAAGACAUCCGCCUGUCGGCUCAGGAGGACCCAGCGCCUGUCAACGCCCCUCCGGGGCGUGUGUAUGUACCCACCAGGGUCCGUGACCGCCUGCUGAUCUGGGCGCACACCACCCUUACGGCAGGGCACUCCGGUAUGACGCGCACCCUACAUUCUCUCUCAUAAGAAUACUGGUGGCCCACCUUGGCUACUGAUGUCUCCCGCUAUAUCAACUCCUGUUCCGUAUGUGCCCAAACGAAGACACCUCGGAACGUCCCGGCAGGCAAACUAGUUCCUCUCCCAGUGCCUCAGCGAACUUGGUCACACCUAUCCAAAGACUUUGUCACCGACCUCCAACGUUCUGACGGCUUCACCACAGUCCUGGUGGUCGUAGAUCGGUUCUCCAAAUCAUGCCGAAUCAUGAACCAGGAACUGGGGAGGUUUUUUCGUUGCCACUGUCAGGACCGGCAGGGUGAGAGGGCGUGGUUUCUUCCCUGGCAGAAUAUGCCCAGAACUCCCUCGUUCACUCCUCCAUGGGGCUCACUCCCCUCCAGUGCAUCCUGGGGUACCAGCCGGCCCUGGCCCCUUGGACACCCAGCCAGACCGAUGCGCCCGCUGUCGACCAGUGGUUCCGCAUAGCCGGACAGGUCUGGGAUGCCACCCAUGUCCAUCUCCAGAGGGCCAUUCGUCGGCAGAAGGACCAAGCCGACCGCCACCGCAGUGAGGUGCCCGUAUUCCAGCCUGGUGAUCGUGUCUGGCUGUCCACAAAAAAGCUCCCUCUCCGCCUGCCCUGCAAGAAACUGAGCCCCCGGUUUGUGGGGCCGUUUAAGGUCCUCUGGCGGAUAAAUGAGGUAUCGUACCGGCUGCUCCUUCCCCCUCACUACCGUGUCUCACCCACUUUUCACGUGUCUCUCCUCAGGCCGGUGGUUCCUGGUCCUCUGGCGGAUGCCGUCCCCCGGGGUACGCCCCCCCCCCUCCCCCACCUCUGGACAUUGACGGGAGUCCGGCGUAUGCGGUGAGGGACCUGCUGGACUCCAGGUUCUGUGGGGGAUGGCUCCAUUACCUGGUGGACUGGGAGGGGUAUGGUCCUGAGGAGAGGAGCUGGGUUCCGGCUGGGGACGUUCUGGACCCCAAACUAAUUCGGGACUUCUACCGGCAGGAGACGCGCGUCUGAUUCGCUGGUCUACUGAGCCACCGGUCUGAGCGCACCACCUCGGCAACACCGGAAUGGAAACCCAACGCACCCUAAUCACAUCCAGCGCACUUGCACCUCAUCACCUCAUCAUCUCAUCACCACCCCUAUAUAGCCCUGGACUGUUCAGUGUUGUGUUGUGUGUGUGUGUGAUUGUUAGUGUCAUGUCGUGUACUCGCUCUUUGUUGUUCUCUUGCUCAGUGUUAAGGAAACCUUUACAUUGUUGAUGUCUGCAUCCUACCUCUUCGUAUCCUCAGUACUCGUCACACUAACAAUCAAACGCAAACAAUUCACACAAUGACGUUAUGAAACAAUGAAUGUGCAUAAAUUGGGGGGAGAGAGCGCAUUCUGGAGAGAGAAGUGCAUUGUGCGUCUGGGUGCAUGGUCAAUCCAACAUCUGCAUUGGCCAUACAGCAUUUACAGUGCGAUGGCCUCCGCAGAAGUCUGGGUAUUCAUACUUCUUGUGCUUUGCAGAGCAGUGCAGAGCUAUUGUCAAGGAAGUGAGUUUGUGUUUGUAAAGGAUGUAAUGCCCCCACCUACCGUCAACCAAUCAUGUCAAUGCGGAGCUAUAUAGAGCCCUCCGCAUUAAAAUGUUUGGGAGGCGCAUGGCGAUGCGGUACGGAGCUCGAUUUGGCCUUUGCAUGCCUCUGGAGGCACUGCAAUUGCGUCACACCCUCCAUAUGGAGCCUCCGACCACAUUUUCCGAUAAAGCAGAAAUGGGCUUUUAGUCUAGGCCUCCGCAAUGGAUUAGUUCACUGAGAUGGGCGCAAAUAUAUAUAUACUUGUUACUGCUCGACUAAAACAAUCUCAGUCGACCAACAGCCUAACGACCAAACAGUCGACUAAUUGGGGUCAGCCCUAGACUACAGUAUGACCCUGUGGGUUUGAGUGUGAAAUAAAGACUGAAAUAUGUUAUUUUAAGAGUACCCUAGAUACUGACCCUGGGCUAGUCACUAAUAGCAGCAUGAAUAGAAUUGAUUAUAAAAAGUGUCUUCUGUCUGUCUGUCUGUGUGCUGUAGCGUGGGGCAGAGGUCCAUCUGGUGCCCUGGAACCAGGACCUGAUGAGUCUGGAGUAUGAUGGCCUGUUCAUCUCCAACGGCCCUGGGGAUCCCUCUCUGGCAGGAGACCUCAUACAGAAUGUCCGCAAGGUAACAUUACCAGCUGCCCAUUGCACUACAGAGGGAAGAGAAUUAGCUGAAGAGAACAGUUUAAAGGACUUAUAAAACCAUUUAAGUGUUAAGUGUUACCAUGAUAAAAGAUGUUAGCAUUGCCAGAUGGAAUUUCAUCCAAAAUGUCCGCAAGGUACCACUACCAGCUGCCCAUUGCACUAUAGAGCAACGUCUGUGUUGUGAUUGCUCAAAAUACAGUUAAGUCAUACUUUAUUAGUGAGUGCUGGCCGCCUUUUGAUUACUUGUAAACUACUUGUUGUAAACUGGUUGUAAAGUGGUUUAAUUUGACUACAUUAUUCUUAUUAUUGCUCUCCCUCUGGUCUAUUCCCCAUCAUUUUACCACCUCCCUGGCUGUAUUGUUCAUCCCUAGGUCCUGGAAAGUGACCGGCCACAGCCUAUCUUUGGUAUCUGUAUGGGCAACCAGAUCACAGCACUGGCUGCAGGGGCCCAGUCUUACAAACUGCCCAUGGGUAACAGGUAAACUACACAUGCAUUGCAGGUAGGGCUGUUGCGGUGACCAUGUUACCGGCAGUCAUGAGACAUGACCGCAGUAAAAUUUCAUGUGACCGUUGAGUCACGGUGUUCUCCUCUUAUGCACUCUGGACAUGCGUUGGUCGUACCCAACUAUCAUCAUGUCGCUAAUGGCCUGGUACUCAGGGCUCUAUUGUCCCUAUAACCCAGGGAUGGGCAACUGGCGGCUUGCGGCCCCCCUUUUGAAGGCUCUCUGAUCAAUUCCAUGACCACCACAGCCCUAAUUGCAGGACACAUAUUAGCGUCCUUCUUGCCAGCUGAUUCUUUCAUCAUUAGUGUCUUGCUCUGUUGAAGUUAACCCUCUACCUUAGGGGAAUUGAAGAGAUAUUAGAACUCUAAAGGCUGGUUUCCUGGACCUAGUUUAAGACUAAUUCUGGACUGAAAAGCACUUUCAAUGGAGAUACUCUAUUUAGCAUUCUUUUAGUGUAGGAGUAGAUUUUAUCUGGGUCUGGGAAACUGGCCCUCUAAGUCUGUGGAUGCUAAGUAAUUUUGUAAUUAUGUUUAUUGUUCUCCAGAGGUCAGAACCAGCCUGUACUCAAUGUGAUGACGGGCCAGGCCUUCAUCACAGCCCAGAACCAUGGUUACGGCAUUGACAGCACCUCUCUACCACCUGGAUGGAGCCCGCUGUUUGUUAACGCCAACGACGGAACCAACGAAGUCUGCUUUCUGUUCUUAAUUUCUUAUUUAGGGGGCACAUCGCUCUUCAGGGAGCAUAGGCCACCGACGACACGAAACACACUCUUGGGUUUUGUGAUAGAUACAGCAUGAUUGUUUUGAAUGAUUAGGUUCAGUUGUAUUUAUUUGACUUAGCUCCGUACUACCUAGAAAACAAACAUUGUUACCGAAUGGAUGGACUAUACUGGUUAAAUAAAGAUGAAGUGAACCCUCUACCUAAGUUUAUAGCUAUGUUUUUUUACAAAGUUCUGAACGACUAAGUUUGUUGUAUCUUCUUGUGUCCUAGGGCAUCAUGCACGACACCAAGCCGUUCUUCACGGCUCAGUUCCACCCAGAGGCUAAAGGAGGACCUACAGACACUGAGGUAAAGCUGCUCUACAAACGGCUACAAUUAAACCAAUGAUCACUGCAAAACACCACUGCAUCCAUUAUAAGCCCCUGUUGUGGACAGGCUUUUUGCUGCAGAGGAUGGACAGUCCACAGUGGAAGUCAGACAAUACUAUCCUUUCUGUGAUUCAUAGUUAAAAUUCACUGUCUGUUUUUUUGCAGUUCCUAUUUGAUGCAUUCAUAUCCCUGAUAAAGAAGGGGAAGGAGGCCAACAUUGUGUCAGUCAUGCCCAAGAAGCCUGCUAUCCCACCUAGGACUCAGGUAAGAUACUAACUAAUGAAAUGUACAACACAGUAAAAAAUCAUUAUACUUCAUCAAGAUAGAGGGCCAAAAAUCUGUGUGCAUUUUUCAUGUGCGAUUCUACUUCGUGGCUCAGUUGGUAAGAGCAUGGCGCUAGAAAUGCCAGGGUCAUUGGUGAGGGACGGCUCAUAAUAAUGGCUGGAACGGAGCGAAUGGAAUGGCAUCAAACACAUGGAAACCAUAUGUUUGAUGUAUUUGAUACCAUUCCACUGAUUCUGCUCCAGCCAUUAACACGAGCCCAUCCUCCCCAAUGAAGGUGCCACCAACCUCCUGUGAUGUACACUAUAUGAACAUAAACAUACUAAUAUGUAUGUACUCAUACUCAGUGCUUGACUUGUAUUGAAAUAGGUGUCGGUACUCAUUUUAGGUGCUGUUACUGUUUAUAUUUAGGUGCAGGAACUCCACAAUAGUUUUGAGCUAAUAUUUAUAAGAGGUGUAGGAACUCGAGCAGUAGAACAUUUGAGGUGUUGGUACUCCGCUCCGGUGAGCUCCUGCCCAAGUCAAGCACUGCUAAUUCUGUAUUAUUAAUGUGUCCUUGUGUUUUUCUUGAUGCAGGUUUCCAAGGUGCUGGUGCUGGGGUCUGGAGGUCUGUCCAUUGGUCAGGCUGGGGAGUUUGACUAUUCUGGAUCACAGGCUGUCAAAGCCAUGAAGGUGAGAGGGCCUAGGAGAGCCAGUCAGGAGAGGCUGAACCAGAUCAGAUCAAGCUUGUCCAAAAGUUAAUAAAACAUUUAAUAGUUACUUACAACAAACAAAGAAGCAGAGCCUCACAUGUACAGUGCAUUCGGAAAGUAUUCAGACCCCUUGAAUCUUUCCACAUUUUGUUACGUUACUGCCUUUUUCUAAAAUUAAUUACAUCGUUUUUUCCCCUCAUCAAUCUACGCACAAUACCCCAUAAUGAAAAAGCAAAAACAGGGUUUUAGACAUUUUUGCAAAUGUAUUAAAAAUAAAAAACGGAAAUAUCACAUUUACAUAAUUAUUCAGACCCUUUACUCAGUACUUUGUUGAAGCACCUUUGGCAGCGAUUACAGCCUCGAGUCUUCUUGGGUAUGACGCUACAAGGUUGGCACAUCUGUAUUAGGGGAGUUUCUCCCAUUCUUCUCUGCAGAUCCUCUCAAGCUCUGUCUGGUUGGAUGAGGAGCAUCACAGCACAGCUAUUUUCAGGUCUCUCCAGAGAUGUUCGAUCGGGUUCAAGUCUGGGCUCUGGCUGGGCCACUCAAGGACAUUCAGAGACUUGUCCCGAAGUCACUCCUGCAUUGUCUUGGCUCUGUGCUUAGGGUCGUUGUCCUGUUGGAAGGUAAACCUUCACCCCGGUCCUGAGCGCUCUGGAGCAAGUUUUCAUCAAGGAUCUCUCUGUACUUUACUCCAUUCAUCUUUCCCUCGAUCCUGACUAGUCUCCCAGUCCCUGGGCUGUCAUGUGCCUUUUACUGAGGAGUGGCUUCCAUCUGGCCACUCUAUCAUAAAGGCCUGAUUGGUGGAGUGCUGCAGAGAUGGUUGUCCUUCUGGAAGGUUCUCCCAUCUUCACAGAGGAACACUGGAGUUCUGUCAGAGUGAUCAUCGGGUUCUUGGUCACCUCUCUGACCAAGGCCCUUCUCCCCCGAUUGCUCAGUUUGGCCGGGUGGCCAGCUCUAGGAAGUGUCAUGAUGGUUCCAAACUUCUUCCAUUUAAGAAAGAUGGAGGCCACUUUGCUCUUGGAGACCUUCAAUGCUGCAGACAUUUUUUGGUAUCCUUCCCUAGAUCUGUGCCUCGACACAAUCCUGUCUCGGAGCUCUACGAACGAUUCCUUUGACCGCAUGGUUUGGUUUAUGCUCUGACAUGCACUGUCAACUGUGGGACCUUAUAUAGACAGGUGUGUGCCUUUCCAAAUCAUGUCCAAUCAAUUGAAAUUACCACAGGUGGACUCCAAUUAAGUUGUAGAAACAUCUCAUGGAUGAUCAACGAAAACAGGAUGCACCUGAGCUCAAUUUCGAUGUAAAUAAGGUAUUUCUGUUUUUUAUUUGUAAAACAUUUGCGAAAUUUUCUAAAAACCUGUUUACGCUUUUUCAUUAUGGGGUAUUGUGUGUAGAUUGAUGAGGAUAAACAUUUAUUUAAUCCAUUUUAGAAUAAGGCUGUAAUGUAACAAAAUGUGGGAAAAGUCAAGGGGUCUGAAUACUGUCCAAAUGCACUGUAUUUGCCUUGUUUUUUAGCCUGGUUUGUUUGUGCUGUACAGCCAACUCCUAUGGUCAUUGUCAUGAUAGCAGAGAAUACAAUCUGAGACCAGGCUAUGUGUGAAUGACAAUCUCCACAAAUGUCUUCAGUCAAAACGAACAUCAACAUUUCUGUGUCCCUUGUGUGUGUGUGUGUAUGUUCUUUGCGUGUGUGUGUGUCUUCCCUCCUUGCGAGUGUGUGUUCCAGGAGGAGAACGUGAGGACGGUGCUGAUGAAUCCGAACAUAGCAUCGGUGCAGACCAACGAGGUGGGGACUAAACAAGCUGACUCUGUCUACUUCCUGCCUGUCACGCCUCAGUUCGUCACAGAGGUCAUCAAGACCGAACGACCUGACGGCAUCCUGCUGUCUAUGGGAGGACAGACCGCUCUCAACUGUGGUGAGUUAGGGGUGUGUGUGUGUGUGUGUGUGUGUGUGUGUGUGUGUGUGUGUGUGUGUGUGUGUGUGUGUGUGUGUGUGUGUGUGUGAGUAUGUGAGCGGAGCUGGUUUGGAGCGUGCCCAAUUUGACUGGAGCGCAGAGCGAGUUUCCCAAAGGCUGGAGUGUUGGCCUUCUCGCCCGCUCCAAUUUCGCUCCAGUUCCGCUCCAGUAGCAGUCAUUUCACUUCACGAGCUCAGGCCAUGCCCGGCCCAGCUUACAUUUGUAGACUACUGUGUGCUAAUAUAGCUUCUUGCUUUAUCUUCUGUGAUGGAGUUCGCUAAAUAUUUUCAUAAAGAUCCUGAUAAAACACACAGGUGCAAAAUCAAGGUGACUUACAAAGAGGAGGACCAAGAGCAAGAGAGGGAGUGCGGUGAUGUGGUGUCCACAACUAAAUAAUCACUGUGGAAUCUGAAAAGACACGUAUCCCGAAAGCAUGAUGGUGUACUACGUGCACAUGCUAACAGAAAGGAACGACGUGUGUCAUUGUAGAAAAUUAUUUAUAAACAAACAAUCGGAUCUCUUAAGUUUCAUUCAUUUUCGUUCUAUUAUCUAUACGAUAGGCUAUCAUUGAUUUCGGCCCAGUAGGCCUGACAUAUUACCUCUUUCAAGGAGCUUUCUGUUUUGAUAGGGUUAUUUUGCCUAAAACCCUUUAGGCCUACCUAUAGAAAAAUGUAAAAACAACUCUGCAUCCCUGCCCAGCCUGGCAAGAGUGGCCCAAAGGGUGUUUAGCAUCCCCAGUGGCUCUGCAUGCACGGAGAGGGUAUUUUCCGCUGCUGGCCUGCUCUCCAGGCACCAUCGCAUGAGCCUGAAGCCAGACUCUGACCAUCGUUUUCUACACGUGAAUUCAAAGGCACUAAGCCUAACAAGGUAUUUUUCCUUUCAUUUUUAUUUAAUUCUAAUAAGUAAGUCACAGCCUGUAUGCACAAUUUAUAGACUAUAAUUAUUGAAUACAACAAAAUGUUGUUUAAAUGCUGAGCGUUUAAUGUUCCUGCCAGCCUAGUGUGUCGCGCUCGCAAAUGCUUCACAAUUUCUUUAUUUGUAGGCUAUAGCUUUGAAAUAAUAGGCUAAUAAUGUAGCCUAAAUAAUUCAUAUUAGUUCCUUCUCCUGACCUAUUUAGUGUUUUAUGUGCUGUUUUAAUACAACAUGUAGCCUAUUUGAAAUGAUGAGCGCUUCUUUUCAUGUUUAUUAAAAUACUUUUCAUUCAAAUCAUAUGGUUUGGUUUCAAUACUUAAAAACCAAAUGGUAGGUCCAGGUAGUCACAAAAAUAGAUGGGUGUUGGUUAAAUUGUGAUUUUAAUGAAUGGAGCGAAUUUGGAGUGGCAGUUGUUUUUCCUGUGACCGAGGAGCGGUUUUUAGUAGAGCGGUUGGAAAGGACAUGGCGCGCCAGCGCACCGCUCCGUGAGCGAUGAGCAGGAUUUCCGACCGCUCAACUCUGCUCACAUACUCUGGUGGGGGGUGGUGUGUGUGGCGGUAUACUGCUACCCGUUGGAGGACAGAUCGCUCCCAACUGUGGUGAGUGCAGAGGUGGAGGUGUAUGUUUGUGAAUAUAUGUGAAUAUAUGUGCCUUCUACCUGACUGUUACACAUACACUCGUGAACACACAAAGUCACAUGCAUUCUCCCAUAUGUUUGCUCACGUGUGUGCAUGUUUCCCUGUGUGUUUGUGUUUCCCUGUAUGUGUGUGUGUCUGUGUCUGUGUGUGUGUGUGUGUGUGUGUGUGUGUGUGUGUGUGUCUGUAUGUGUAGGAGUGGAGUUGUUCCAGAGUGGGGUACUGCAGAAGUAUGGGGUGAAGGUUUUGGGGACCCCUGUAGAGUCCAUUAUGGCUACUGAGGACAGACAGCUGUUCGCUGACAAGCUCAACGAGAUCAACGAGAAGAUCGCUCCCAGCUUCGCUGUCGAGACGGUGAGGCUUCUGGACAAACAAAAGCAACAUCAACAACAAUGUUCUGAUUUAGUUUUUCGCUCUCAACCUCACAUCAGGGGUAGAUCUCAAAAGUCUUCCCUCUUUCCUUGCAUCCUCUCUCCUUUUUGUGAAAAGGAGGUGAUGAGAGGACGGAGGAAAGGACAUGAGGAAAGGACAUGAGGAAAGACAUUUGAGAUUCAACCCAGGUGUAGGCAUUUAUAGGUGUAAGGUGCAGACCCGGGCUCAAAUACUAUUUGAAAUAUUUUGAUUUUAACCUUCCCAGAGUGCCAAAUGGGUAGCGUUUGCAGUUCCAGGACUUGUCUAGUGGUCCGGUAAGCCUGUCUAGCUCAAUCAAGCACAGCUAAAGUAUUUGAAAUUAUUUCAAAUAGUAUUUGAACCCAGGUCUGGUAAGUUGCAGAGUUGAAUAGUGUAGCGUAAUGUAAUGACGUUGUUUCUCCUAUAGGUGGCAGAUGCCCUGACGGCAGCGGAUCAGAUAGGCUACCCUGUCAUGCUGCGUUCUGCCUAUGCCCUGGGUGGACUGGGCUCAGGACUGUGUGCCAACAAGGACAAGCUGGAGGAGACUGCUCGGAAGGUAGGUACAAGACUUGAUGAGGGUACAAGACCCAUUCAAUCAGGCUAGGAUGGGCCAUAUGAACAGUCUACUCAAUCUACUCAGUCGGUCAAAGAUCAAUUCAGUGUUAGCCUAAUCAUGAAUGCUGGGUUGUGUUCAGGCGGUCACAAUGUAGCAAAUUGUUACAAAAAGUUUUGAAAUAGAAAACGAAAACAAGCUUUUAUUAAGAAAAUGAAAUGAAUGUAGUAAAAUCUUAUUUGACAAGUUUGGAUAGUACCUCCCUGUUUCGCUCCAUUUCAGACAGUUUUCUCUCUUUUUGUGCUUACUGAACACAGCCCUGGUCCUAACUGGUGUGUGUGCCUGUCUGUGUGUGUGUGUGUGUGUGUGUGUGUGUGUGUGUGUAUGUCUGUAGGCCCUGGCAAUGAGCUGUCAGAUCCUGGUGGAGAAGUCUCUAAUGGGUUGGAAGGAGGUGGAGUAUGAAGUAGUCAGGGACAUCGCUAAUAACUGUGUCACUGUCUGCAACAUGGAGAACUUUGACCCCCUCGGCAUUCACACAGGUAUUACACAUACACAGACACACACACAGACACAGAGAGAGAGAGAGACAGACAGACGACGAGACAGCCGACGAGACAGACAACAUGAUAGCUAAUAGGGAGGAGGUCAGUGACCUGGCAGUGUGGUGCCAGGACAAAAAACUCUCCCUCAACGUCAGCAAGACAAAGGAGUUGAUCAUGGUCUGCAGGAAACAGAGGGCCGAGCACGCCCCCAUCCUCAUCGACAGGGCUGUAGUGGAGCGGGUUGAAAGCUUCAAGUUCCUCAGUGUCCACAUCACUAAGGACUUAACAUGAUCCACACACACCAACACAGUCGUGAAGAAGGCACAACAACGCCUCUUCCUCCUCAGGAGGCUGAAAAGAUUUGGCAUGGGCCCUCAGAUCCUGAAAGAGUUAUACAACUGCAACAUUGAGAGCAUCUUGACUGGCUACAUCACCGCUUGGUAUGGCAACUGCUUGGCAUCACUGGGGCCACGUUCCCUGCCAUCCAGGACAUCUAUACCAGGUGGUGUCAGAGGAAGACCCUAGAAAUUGUCAGACUCCAGCCACCCAAGUCAUAGACUGUUCUCUCUGCUACCACACGGCAAGUGGUACACAUUCUUUCCACUCUAUCCUCUCAUUGGUCUGUUUGUCCACUCUCUCUCCCCCCAGGUGACUCUAUUGUGGUGGCCCCCAGCCAGACUCUGUCCAAUGAGGAGUACCACAUGCUGCGUGAGACAGCCAUCAAGGUAGUGCGUCACCUGGGCAUCGUGGGGGAGUGUAACAUCCAGUACGCCCUUCACCCUGGCUCUCUAGAGUACUGCAUCAUAGAGGUCAACGCUCGCCUCUCACGCAGCUCUGCGCUUGCAUCCAAGGCCACCGGGUAAGACGCUUGUUCUGCCUCACAAAUGGCCAGCCUGAUCACUAGAAAUAGAGCUCAAUUUCGGACACUUGAAAAGGUCCUGAGAACAUCGACAUAUGCCUUCCUCGGCACUAACAAAAUAAAAUAAAAAUUAUUGCCCAGCACUGGGCGCGAACUCGUGAUGCCUGGAGCCAAAGUGCGCUGGUUAGACCACUGCGCUACGGCAGUUGAAAAUGCUUUAGCAAGCCGUGAGAAUACUUGAUGUUAUGAGGUUGGUUGGUUUGCAGAGCCUUCCCCAAACCAUAGCCAUAACCUUAACCACUCGGAAUGAAUGCCUAAACUGUUAAUCUUUGAGUUGGUUUCUGUUUUAACCCUGUAACCACGCAGAAUUAAUGCGUCAAAAAUGGAAGGAAAAUAUACACUACCGGUCAAACGUUUUAGAACACCUACUCAUUCAAGGGGUUUUCUUUAAUUUUGCUAUUUUCUACAUUGUAGAAUAAUAGUGAAGACAUCAAAACUAUGAAAUAACACAUAUGGAAUCAUGUAGUAACCAAAAAAGUGUUCAACCAAUCAAAAUAUAUUUUAUAUUUGAGAUUCUUCAAAUAGCCAACCUUUGCCUUGAUGACAGCUUUGCACACUCUUGGCAUUCUCUCAACCAGCUGUAAUUGUAAUUAGUUUACUCCAAUUAGGGGAUGGGUGGUAGGGUUAGGGGAAAACAAUAAAGAAGGAAAACAUAUAAAAUAUAUAUAUAUUUAAAAUAAUAUAUAUAUAUAUAUAUAUAUAUAUAUUUAAAAAUAUAUAUAUUUAAAAUAAUAUAUAUAUAUUUACAAAACAAAAAAAAUAUAUAUAUAUGUAAUGGGGGAUUGGAAAUGAUGCAGACAAUUACAUUGAUAGAAGCCACAAUCUAGCUGCAAUAUUAAAGCUGAUCUACCCCUUAAAAAAUAAAAAUAAAAAUUGAUGUUCAUCCAUCAAAUACAUUGAAUAUCGAAGGGGAACUGAGAUCUAGUUGCAAAUGACACCUUAUUCCUUACAUAGUGCACUACUUUUGACCAGAGCCCAUAGGGUCUGUCUAAAGUACAGUAUCACAGUACAUUGCAGUACAACAGUAUCUCAACUCUCCCCUAACUCACUCUCCAUGCUCCCUCAAGUUACCCCCUGGCAUUUGUGGCAGCCAAGCUGGCUUUGGGCAUCCCUCUGCCAGAGAUCAAGAACACGGUGUCAGAGAAAACUACAGCCUGUUUUGAACCAAGCCUGGAUUACAUUGUCACUAAGAUCCCUCGCUGGGACCUCGACCGAUUCCAGGGCAUGUCCCGAGAGAUAGGCAGCUCCAUGAAGAGUGUCGGAGAGGUACGGGACACACACACUCGCCACUUCAAGGGGACUACUACCAUAUUGCUUUCACACCUAUCUACACGUAGUGCUUAGGGGGUAGGAGCUAGGGGUUGAUUUGGGAUUCAGGGAUAGCCUUAGCCUACUCAAUCUUGACAUACUUCUGUUCAGUUUACCUUCCAUUAGUAGAUGUAGGGAGUGAUUACUCUAAAUAAAACCUGCCUGUCUGUUUAUCUUCUUGUUUUAACCUCUCUCCCUCUCCCGUGUCCUCUCAGGUGAUGGCGGUGGGGCGUACGUUUGAGGAGAGCAUGCAGAAGGCUCUGAGGAUGUGCCACCCCUCUGUGGACGGUUUCAUGCCCCGCCUGCCCCUCAACAAGCCUUGGUCUGCCCAGCAGGACCUACAACAGGAGCUGGCUGUACCCUCCAGCACACGGGUUUUCUCCCUGGCCAAGGUAGAGACAACACAGAGUGCCUUCAGAAAGUAGUCACACCGCUUUACCUUUUCCACAUUUUGUUGUGUUACUGACUGCAUCUAAAGUUUAUUAAAUUUAGAUUUUGUGUCACUGGCCUACACACAAUACGCCAUAAUGUCAAGGUGGAAUAAUGUUUGUAGACAUUUUUGAAAAGGUGAAAUGUGUUCAGUCAAUAGGUAUUCACCCCCUUUGUUAUGGCAAGCCUAAAUAAGUUCAGGAGUAAAGAUGUGCUUAACAAGUCACAUAAUAAGUUCCAUGGACUCACACUGUGUGCAAUAAUAGUGUUUAACAUGAUUUUUUUAUGACUACCUAAUCUCUGUACCCCACACAUACAAUUACCUGUAAGGUCCCUCAGUCGAGCAGUGAAUUUCAAACACAGAUUCAACCACAAAGACCAGGGAGGUUUUCCAAUGCCUCACAAAUAAGGGCACAUAUUGAUAGAUGGGUAAAAAAAAAAGCAGACAUUGAUUAUCCCUUUGAGCAUUGUGAAGUUAUUAAUUACACUUUGGAUGGUGUAUCAACACACCCAGUCACUACAAAGAUACAGGCGUCCUUCCUAACUCAGUUGUUGGAGAGGAAGAAAACCGCUCAGGGAUUUCACCAUGAGGCCAAUGGUGACUGUAAAACAGUUUAAUGGCUUUGAUAGGAGAAAACUGAGCAUGGAUCAACAACAUUGUAGUUACUCCACAAUACUCCACAAUACUAACCUAAAUGACAGAGUGAAAAGAAGGAAUCCUGUACAUCAUACAAAUAUUCCAAAACAUGCAUCCUGUUUGCAAUAAGGCACUAAAGUAAAACUGCAAAAAAUGUGGCAAAGAAAUUAACUUUAAUCGCCUGAAUACAAAGUAAUAUUUUUGGGGCAAAUCCAACACAUCACUGAGUACCACUCUUCAUAUUUUCAAGGGUGGUGGCUGCAUCAUGUUAUGGGUAUGCUUGUCAUCGACAAGGACCACAGAGUUUUUUUAAAAGAUAAAAAUAAACGGAAUAGAGGUAAGCAAAGGCAAAAUCCUGGUUCAGUCUGCUUUCCAACAGACACUGGGAGACAAAUUCACCUUUCAGCAGGACAAUAACCUAAAACACAAGGCCAAAUGUACACUGGAGUUGCUUAUCAAGACGACAUUGAAUGUUCCUGAGUGGCCUAGUUACAGUUUUGACUUAAAUUGGCUUGAAAAUCUAUGGCAAAACUUGAAAAUGGCUGUCUAGCAAUUUUUUUAUUUUUUAUUUAACCUUUAUUUAACUAGGCAAGUCAGUUAAGAACAAAUUCUUAUUUACAAUGACGGCCUACUCUGGACCAAUUGUGCGCCGCCCUAUGGGACACCCAAUCACGGCCGAAUUGUGAUACAGCCUGGAAUAGAACCAGGGUCUGUAGUGACGCCUCUAGCACUGAGAUGCAGUGCCUUAGACCGCUGCGCCACUCGGGAGCAAUGAUCAACAACCAACAUGACAGAGCUUGAAGAAUAAAAAAUAAAUAAAAACAAUAUUAAAAAUAAAUACAAUUUUUACUUGCACAGCCUAGUCAAAAGGUCGCAAAAUGUGACUAAAUGGUCGCAGUCUGGAAUCCUGGUGUGUGUGUGUGUGUGUGUGGGAGAUAAACGGAGUGAGGAAUCCUUCAUUGAACGCAGGAUGAAAUGAUUGAUGCUUGUACGAUGUAUUAAGAAGUAAUGGGCCAAAUCGUAUCAAGCUAUGAGACGCCAAUAACACUCAAGGUUAGCCUGGCAGCAGAGUCACACUGUGUGUGUCUGUCCCAGUGUGUAACCGUGUGUGUGUGUGUGUGUGUGUAAUUUCAGCGUUUUGUUCCCUCAGUGCCUAAUUUCAUUGUGAGCUGGUUACGUCUUCUAUUAGACAGACUGUCCAUGUGAAUCACACAUGGCUGUAAGGCACCACUUAGUGCUGCGUGUGUCCUUCUGCCUUGUGCCGCGUCCCACACAUAGCCAGGUAACAGACAGAGCAGCGGUGGAAUGUAUAGGUGUUGGAGCUGGGCCCGUCACGGCUCAUUGGGCCCUGCUUUAUAUUCCGAAGGCACAGCAGCAGACACCGUUUACAAUUACACUGCAUCAUUCCCUGUAUGAGAAGGACUCCACUCAACAAUGCCUGAUUACUCCAUUGCACAACUCAACUGAAUGUUUUCUUAUCAUGUUCUGAAUAGGCUGUGUUUUUAUAAUCAUGGUUAUAAUUCAUGCAACUUACUCUGUCAGUCGUGAGACUUGAAUGUCUCAUCAUAAUUGAUUGACUGGUUCUUCUUACCAGCAGGUGGUAGCAACUAGCUACUUGUUCAUGUAAAAGCACAGGUGUUAGAACAGGUGGAAUUGUGUUAUUGUCAUGAGUGUUUAGAAUGAUUUGAUUCUCUCUCUGUCUGUGUGUGUGUGUGUGUGUGUGUGUGUGUGUGUGUGUGUGUGUGUGAGUUGAGAGUAAAGCAGAAGUUAAGUUGAGAUGAGUAAAACUGUAUUGUAUUCUAAUGACUCUCCCGGUCUCUCUCUAGGCCCUCCACAGUGGUGUGACUGUAGACCACAUCCACCAUCUCACUGCCAUAGACAAGUGGUUCCUACACAAGCUACGACGGAUCACAGAGCUGGAGCAGCAUCUGAGCCAGUUCAACAGGUAGGAACACACACACACACACACAAGCACUGUGGCACGCACGCACAGACCCACACGCAUGCACACGCACGCAAACAUACAUAUGCAUCGGUACACACACACACAUGCACGCAAACAUACGCACCCACAUACACGCAUGCAUGUACACACACACACACACAUACAUACACAGACUCACACACACACACAAACUCACGAAUUUCACUCCACCACAUCACUGUUAUGAAAAAUAAACUUGAUGCAUUUAACACUUCUACCACUAGGUGAUGCUAUGAGGGCACAGUUAAACUGAGACUGUCAGUCUAAUGGGGAUGUGUUCUUGAUGCCCGUUAGUGGCUCACCCACUACUCUAUCCCUCCUGCCCCUCCUGCUGUAGAAAUACACUCCACCUCCCUCCAUUCUCCUCCCUCCCUCUCAGCCAGUCCACCUCUCCUCUCCUCCAGUCUCUCAGUCCUCCUCUCCUCAAGUGUCUUAGCACCUCUCUCCACUUUCUCGCUCUCUCUCUCUCUCUCCACCAAUCGUCUUCUCCAGUCUCUCUCUCACUCUGUCCAGCCGCCUCUCUUCUAUUCUAAUUUUUAAUUUAGAAAGCCACUCAGUAAAAGGCACAUGACAGCCCUCUUGGAGUUUGCCAAAAGGCAUUUAAAGGACUCUCAGACCAUGAGAAACAAGAUUCUCUGGUCUGAUGAAACCACAAUUUAACUCUUUGGCCUGAAUGCCAAGCGUCAUGUCUAGGGCUGUGGCUGUCACGAAAUUUCGUCAGCCGAUGAUUGUCAAGCAAAUAACUGCUGUUCUCGCGGUAAUUGACCGUUAAUUAACAUAAACACAUUUAGCAUCUUCUGGCUUCCACACAUAGCCUACAAGCCAUUGAUGCAGACCUUUGGAACAUCUACAUUUUAGAAAGUCUAAUAAAUCCAUGUAAUAUAGCCUACACCUUCACAAUAAAUCCAUUAUUUAUUUUAGACAGGUCUAAAGAAACAUGAUAUGAAGAAAAUGUAGUCUAUUCCAGAAGAACAGAAUAGCAUACUCUGAGUUGUCCUUAUGUCUGGCUGUGCCAUAUGGCUGUGGGCUACACUAGUUCAUUUAGUAGACAAGAUUUGCUUAGAAAUCCGUGGCAUUAUUUUAUAGUAUUUUAUAGUAUGAAGAAUACAAUUGAAUAAAAUAGAAAGGAUAUUUUCUCCAAACGAUUUGAGGGAGUGCACACAUGCGGUUUUUCUGUGUUGAGCGGUUAACAAAGAAACAGGUACUCCUAUAUGCUUAAUUUAGUUAUUUAUGUUACUUUAGUUGUGAUACAAACAUUAGGCUAUAUGCUUUAAUUCUAAGGCUGCAUGAUGGGACUCUAAUUAUUAUUUGAAAAAAGUUGCUUUGUUUUUUGUGCAGGCUGUACACACUACAUCUGUCUCUCGCUCAUUCACAAUUUGACAAGCACUUGAUAAUGCCUCGAAUUUCCCGGCGGCAUCCCCUUUGUGUGGCCGUAAUGCCUCCUAAGAAAAUCCAUGCCUUUUGUGGCCAGUGGCCGUUGUGCCCUUGGGCUGAAUAGAACCAAAAUCUCACAUUUGGACUCAUCAGACCAAAGGACAGAUUUCCACCGAUCUAAUGUCCAUUGCUCGUGUUUCUUGGCCCAAGCAAGUCUCUUCUUCUUAUUGGUGUCCUUUAGUAGUGAUUUCUUUGCAGCAAUUCGACCAUGAAGGCCUGCUUCACACAGUCUCCUCUGAACAGUUGAUGUUGAGAUGUGUCUGUUACUUGGAACUCUGUGAAGCAUUUAUCUGGGCUGCAAUUUCUAAGGCUGGUAACUCUAAUGAACUUAUCCUCUGCAGCAGAGGUAACUCUGGGUAUUCCAUUCCUGUGGUCCUCAUGAGAGCCAGUUUCAUCAUAGCGCUUGAUGGUUUUUGCGACUGCACUUGAAGAAAGCUUAGUAGAUCCCCCCCUCUGGGAUUGUUUAUUGAUGUCUUACUGAUAAACUCUCUGGAUGAGCCAGCCAGGUCAGACCUCACUAGGUUGACCUCUAUUGUUUACCCUGCAAGAGACUACAGACACAACAUGCACAUUCACCCCCCCCUUUAAUCUCUGAUCUUGUUUUCUCUCCUCAGUGCAACAUUACCCCAGACUCUGCUGCUGAAGGCUAAACAGGACGGCUUCUCAGACCGCCAGGUGGGCCAGGCCCUGGGCUCCAGUGAGGGGGAGGCCAGAGUGUUGAGGCUGGGCCAGAACAUUAAACCCUGGGUGAAACAGGUGAGCAGCCUUCCCUGGGUCCUCCUGGGUCCUGGUCUAUGAAUGUGUCCCAAAUGGCACCCUAUUCACCACCCUACAUAGUGUACUUCUUAAAAGUAGUCCACUAUAUUGGGAAUAGGGUGCCAUUUGGGACGUGUCCAGUAUCUCCCACAGGAGCUGAAAUGAACUUUCAGGCUAACAACGGCCCUCAACUCCACGUGAUACCUCUCUGACAUCGCUCUCCUAGCGCCUCCACCUCUGAAAACUGAAAACACACCCUCAGACUUACCUUGUCCUACUAAACAAAAGCACUCCUUUCCUGGCACAGAAAUAUCACAUUGUCACGUGUUUAUAGUAUUCUAAUGAGUAUGUUCUGUAUUGUAGGAGACAUGAAGAAAUGAUCAGUUUUAAUUUUCUGUUCAGAUUGACACCCUUGCUGCAGAGUACCCUGCUGUGACCAACUACCUGUACUGCACCUACCACGGACAGGUGAGUCCUUGUCCUGCUUAACUCACGUUCAUAAUGUAUUUGUCCAAUGGCCAGUAAUUUUUUGGUGCCCUAAGUUAGCUCCUGAAUUAGAAAAAUGUUUUAAUGGGCAAUCUGCAGAAUAAACAACAACAAAAUGGAUGCCCAGCCACUUUUUUGGUAAACAGCUGAGGGAUGUAAACACACUGCAAUUGUUAAUAGUAUGAGCGAUACCUUUAUUUGAGAAGAUAUUAAUUAGUAUGUGGUCCUUAAUGGUGUUUUCCCGUGCAUUGUGUUUGUCAGUUAGUUAGGUUAGAAAGAUUGAAGAAGUGUCUUUGUGUCCAUUCAACAGGAGCAUGACUUGGAGUUCAAGGACCAGGGUGUCAUGGUACUGGGAUGUGGUCCCUAUCACAUUGGUGAGAUGUAUUAUCAUGGUGUUUUCAACAUACUAUUGAAUGUCCACUAUCGGCAUAUCUAUUUAUUAUUGCCAUCGAGAUGUUAGCUAUUAAAAUCAGAUCCAACAAUAAUAUCAAGGGAUUAGAAAACCGGGGCUUAAAAACAAAGGUGUCAUUGUACGCUGAUGAUUCAUGUUUAAAUCCACAACUUGAAUCCCUCAACAGCCUCAUAGAGGAUCUAGAUACAUUUUCUAACCUCUCUGGAUUACAACCAAAUUAUGAUAAAUGUACUAUAUUACGUAUUGGAUCACUAAAAAAUAAAAAAUUUACAUUACCAUGUAGUUUACCAAUAACAUGGUCUGAUGGUGAUGUGGAUAUACUCGGAAUACAUAUCCCAAAUUAAAUAAAUGAUCUCACUCCAAAAAAAUGUAAUAGAAAGUUAGCAAAAAUAGAUAAGAUCUUGCUACCAUGGAAAGGUAAAUACCUGUCAAUUUGUGGAAAAAUCUCCCUGAUUAACUCUUUAGUAUUAUCCCAGUUUACCUAUUUGCUUAUGGUCUUGCCUACGCCUAGCGAACAGUUUUUUAAAUUAUAUGAAGAAAAAAAAAUAUUCAAUUUUAUUUGGAACGACAAGCCAGACAAAAUUAAACGGGCCUAUUUAUAUAAUGAAUAUGAAUUAGGAGGACAGAAAUAAUUAAAUAUGAAAGCAUUAGACCUAUCACUAAAAGCUUCAGUCAUACAAAAGUUAUACUUAAAUCCGAACUGGUUCUCUAGCAAACUAGUAAGAUUGUCUCACCCAAUGUUCAAGAAGGGACUUUUUCCCUUUAUUCAGAUUACAACCCCUCACUUUCAGGUAUUUGAAAUCUCCCAAAUAUCACUAUUUCUAAGCCAUAAAAAGUUGGUUGCAAUUUCAAUUUAAUCCACCAGAAAUGACAGAACAAAUAUUGCAACAAAUAUUGUGGUUAAACUCAAAUAUACUAAUUGAUAAAAAAACGUUCUUUUUUUAGAAAAUGUAUUAGAAAGUUGCAAUCUUCAUAAAUGAUAUUAUCGGUAGGAAUGGUGGAGUUAUGUCGCACAUGCAGCUAACAAAAACAUAUGGAAAUGUCUGCUCUACCCAAAAUUACAACCAAAUAAUUACAGCAUUACCUCAAAAAUGAAAGAGGAAAGUGGAAGGAGGAACAAGUAAGGAACUUGUCUGUCGGCCUUGCAUUAAAGAACAUAAUUGGUUAAAGAAAAUUGUGAUAAAUAAAAAAGUUUACCAGUUUCAUUUAAGGACCAAAAGAUUGACAGCCGUCCCAUAUAGAUUGCAAACUAGUUGGGAAGAGAUUUUUGACGUACCGAUUCCAUGGCAUAGUGUUUAUGAACUGAUACGCAAAACGACGCCAGAUUCAAAACGUAUAAUUUUUCAAUUUAAAUUAUUAAAUAAAAUUCUUGCUACCAAUAGAAUGUUAUUUGUAUGGGGGAUACAAUCUUCCCAGCUCUGCAGAUUUGGCUGUGAAGAGACAGAAUCAUUAGAUCAUUUGUUUUGGUACUGUCCAUUUGUAGCUUGUUUCUGGACACAGGUCCAGCAAUGGCUGAAGGAUUGCAAUAUUUGCAUGGAGCUGACCCUGCAGAUAGCACUACUGGGUGAUCUGAAAACUCAUAGUCAAUCGAUCAAUAAUAUAAUAAUACUUUUAGCAAAGAUGUUUAUUUUCAAUCUGUAGAAACAAUGAGAAUAGAAAGGUUCAGAACUUUUGUAAAACAUCACAGUACAGUCGAAAAAUAUAUGGCAAAUAGAAAUCCAAUAUGGAUGGUGUUAAGAGAUAGAUGUUGAGAGGUGUUGAAUGGAGCUGAAGGAUGGGACUAAUAACAACAACUAAUAACAACAAGAUAACUAGUGUAAGACAUGCUGUCUCCAUAAUAAGUAUAUAGGUUACAGUGGGGGAAAAAAGUAUUUAGUCAGCCACCAAUUGUGCAAGUUCUCCCACUUAAAAAGAUGAGAGAGGCCUGUAAUUUUCAUCAUAGGUACACGUCAACUAUGACAGACAAAUUGAGAAUAUAUUUUCCAGAAAAUCACAUUGUAGGAUUUUUAAUGAAUUUAUUUGCAAAUUAUGGUGGAAAAUAAGUAUUUGGUCACCUAGAAACAACCAAGAUUUCUGGCUCUCACAGACCUGUAACUUCUUCUUUAAGAGGCUCCUCUGUCCUCCACUCGUUACCUGUAUUAAUGGCACCUGUUUGAACUUGUUAUCAGUAUAAAAGACACCUGUCCACAACCUCAAACAGUCACACUCCAAACUCCACUAUGGCCAAGACCAAAGAGCUGUCAAAGGACACCAGAAACAAAAUUGUAGACCUGCACCAGGCUGGGAAGACUGAAUCUGCAAUAGGUAAGCAGCUUGGUUUGAAGAAAUCAACUGUGGGAGCAAUUAUUAGGAAAUGGAAGACAUACAAGACCACUGAUAAUCUCCCUCGAUCUGGGGCUCCACGCAAGAUCUCACCCUGUGGGGUCAAAAUGAUCACAAGAAUGGUGAGCAAAAAUCCCAGAACCACACGGGGGGACCUAGUGAAUGACCUGCAGAGAGCUGGGACCAAAGUAACAAAGCCUACCAUCAGUAACACACUACGCCGCCAGGGACUCAAAUCCUGCAGUGCCAGACGUGUCCCCCUGCUUAAGCCAGUACAUGUCCAGGCCCAUCUGAAGUUUGCUAGAGUGCAUUUGGAUGAUCCAGAAGAGGAUUGGGAGAAUGUCAUAUGGUCAGAUGAAACCAAAAUAUAACGUUUUGGUAAAAACUCAACUCGUCGUGUUUGGAGGACAAAGAAUGCUGAGUUGCAUCCAAAGAACACCAUACCUACUGUGAAGCAUGGGGGUGGAAACAUCAUGCUUUGUGGCUGUUUUUCUGCAAAGGGACCAGGACGACUGAUCCGUGUAAAGGAAAGAAUGAAUGGGGCCCUGUAUCGUGAGAUUUUGAGUGAAAACCUCCUUCCAUCAGCAAGGGCAUUGAAGAUGAAACGUGGCUGGGUCUUUCAGCAUGACAAUGAUCCCAAACACACCGCCCGGGCAACGAAGGAGUGGCUUCAUAAGAAGCAUUUCAAGGUCCUGGAGUGGCCUAGCCAGUCUCCAGAUCUCAACCCCAUAGAAAAUCUUUGGAGGGAGUUGAAAGUCCGUGUUGCCCAGCGACAGCCCCAAAACAUCACUGCUCUAGAGGACAUCUGCAUGGAGGAAUGGGCCAAAAUACCAGCAACAGUGUGUGAAAAUCUUGUGAAGACUUACAGAAAACGUUUGACCUGUGUCAUUGACAACAAAGGCUAUAUAACAAAGUAUUGAGAAACUUUUGUUAUUGACCAAAUACUUAUUUUCCACCAUAAUUUGCAAAUAAAUUCAUUAAAAAUCCUACAAUGUGAUUUUCUGGAUUUAUUUUCUCAUUUUGUCUGUCAUAGUUGACGUGUACCUAUGAUGAAAAUUACAGGCCUCUCUCAUCUUUUUAAGUGGGAGAACUUGCACAAUUGGUGGCUGACUAAAUACUUUUUUCCCCCACUGUAAGUAUUUGACCCCUCUGCAAAACAUGACUUAGUACUUGGUGGCAAAACCCUUGUUGGCAAUCACAGAGGUCAGAUGUUUCUUGUAGUUGGCCACCAGGUUUGCACACAUCUCAAGAGGGAUUUUGUUCCACUCCUCUUUGCAGAUCUUCUCCAAGUCAUUAAGAUUUCGAGGCUGACGUUUGGCAACUCGAACCUUCUGCUCCCUCCACAGAUUUUCUAUGGAAUUAAGGUCUGGAGACUGGCUAGGCCACUCCAUGACCUUAAUGUGCUUCUUCUUGAGCCACUCCUUUAUUGCCUUGGCCGUGUGUUUUGGGUCAUUGUCAUGCUGGAAUACCCAUCCACGACCCAUUUUCAAUGCCCUGGCUGAGGGAAGGAGGUUCUCACCCAAGAUUUGACGAUACAUGGCCCCGUCCAUCGUCCCUUUGAUGCGGUGAAGUUGUCCUGUCCCCUUAGCAGAAAAACACCCCCAAAGCAUAAUGUUUCCACCUUCAUGUUUGACGGUGGGGAUGGUGUUCUUGGGGUCAUAGGCAGCAUUCCUCCUCCUCCAAACACAGUGAGUUGAGUUGAUGCCAAAGAGCUUGAUUUUGGUCUCAUCUGACCACAACACUUUCACCCAGUUCUCCUUUGAAUCAUUCAGAUGUUCAUUGGCAAACUUCAGACGGGCCUGUAUAUGUGCUUUCUUGAGCAGGGGGACCUUGCUGGCGCUGUAGGAUUUCAGUCCUUCAGGGCGUAGUGUGUUACCAAUUGUUUUCUUGGUGACUAUGGUCCCAGCUGCCUUGAGAUCAUUGACAAGAUCCUCCCGUGUAGUUCUGGGCUGAUUCCUCACCGUUCUCAUGAUCAUUGCAACAACACGAUUGAGAUCUUGCAUGGAGCCUCAGGCAGAGGGAGAUUGACAGUUCUUUUGUGUUUCUUCUGUUGUCACCUUCUCACCAAGCUGCUUGGCGAUGGUCUUGUAGCCCAUUCCAGCCUUGUGUAGGUCUACAAUCUUGUCCCUGACAUCCUUGGAGAGCUCUUUGGUCUUUGCCAUGGUGGAGAGUUUGGAAUCUGAUUGAUUGAUUGCUUCUGUGGACAGGUGUCUUUUUAUACAGGUAACAAGCUGAGAUUAGGAGCACUCCCUUUAAGAGUGUUCUCCUAAUCUCAGCUCGUUACCUGUAUAAAAGACACAUGGGAGCCAUACAUCUUUCUGAUUGAGAGGGGGAUCAAAUACUUAUUUCCCUCAUUAAAAUACAAAUCAAUUUAUAACAUUUUUGACAUGCGUUUUUGUUGUUGUUAUUCUGUCUCUCACUGUUCAAAUAAACCUACCAUUAAAAUUAUAGACUGAUCAUUUCUUUGUCAGUGGGCAAACGAACAAAAUCAGCAGGGGAUCAAAUACUUUUUUCCCUCACUGUGUGUAUGUGUGUGUAUAUAUAUAUAUAUAUAUAUAUAUAUAUAUAUAUAUGCGAGAAGAAAAAAAAACAUGGGGGAUUGGAUGUGAUGCAGACAAUUACAUUGAUGGAAGUUACAAUCUAAUAAUAAUAAUAAUAUGCCAUUUAGCAGACGCUUACAGUCAUGCGUGCAUACAUUUUUGUGUAUGGGUGGUCCCGGGGAUCGAACCCACUACCUUGGCGUUACAAGCGCCGUGCUCUACCAGCUGAGCUACAGAGGACCACCUACCAAUCUAUCUGCAAUAUUAAAGCUGAUAUACCCCCUAAAAAAACAAACAUACUAUUGAAUGGUUUUACUCUAGCCUGGUGGUAGCAGACAUAGAAAUGUAAUUAUUUCUAUGGUAGCCGAUCUGUUUGCGAUCCGGCAACUCCUCUGUCAUGUGUGUUCGUUGUCGUAACAAACAUGUAUCAAACUAAAAUAAAUUAAAUCAAAUUAAUAUUUGAAAGUUGUUAGUUAUAAUAAUACAAUUAUAAAGUUGUUGUUAUCCCCCCUGUCCACUAGGGAGCAGUGUGGAGUUUGACUGGUGUGCAGUGUCCAGUAUACGAGCCCUGCGUCAGAUGGGCAGGCGGACAGUGGUGGUAAACCACAACCCUGAGACUGUCAGCACGGACUUUGACGAAUGUGACCGCCUGUACUUCGAAGAGUUGACCCUGGAACGCAUUCUGGACAUCACACAGCAAGAGGUGAGAAGUCAACACACACACAUGAACGUUCAGAGACACACGUACACAAACACAGAUGCACAGAUGCGCAGAAACACACAUACACGUAUACGCAUACACAUUAGUGAUGGGGGGAAAAAUUGAUAGUUACAUAUCGGGAUGUUAUUUUUUAUGAUAUAUCGUAUCGUUUUGACAAUAUCGCAAUAUUAUUUUGGCGCUAGUUGCCUGUACCUGCACCAAAACAAUAUUUUUCCGUCACAGCCUUUUCUCCAUAUUCUUUUUAAAUAAGGAGCCAAUUAGUUUUCAGCACUUUUAUUUCCAUGACUGAUCAAAACUAGUUUUCUCAUUGCUCUGUCUUGUCCCUCUGCAGUAGACAUAUAAAGCUCGCCAUCUUGUAGUCCUAAAACCCAGAAAUUAGUUACCUCUGGUUUGUUCAGACCUUCCUAUGGGGAAGAUGAAUGGGGGAAAGAAUAGGGUUUUGGGAUAAAUGCCGAAAAUAAGGAAUGAGGUUAACACAGGCUUAGGCAAUCUUAUACGUUUUGUUCUAUGAAAUAAAAUUAGUUAGUUAACAUGUCCUUUAUGAAUUAUGUUUUUAUGUGCUUUUUUUAUUACAUAAAUGCCUAAAAAUUCACGAAAAGUGACGUUAGCUGAUGAAGAUUAUCUCAUAGAAAAAAACGUAUAAGAUCUCCUAACAUGCUGACCAAACCGGCCACGUUGCGUGCGUGAGCAUUGCAAAAUAAAUGUACACAUACAAUAAUUUCAUCCAAACUGCCCGCGCGCGUCAACGGGCGUCUGCGUAGCCAGGUGCUAAAAUAGAACUUGGUUAUAUUUUAGACGCUUAAUGCGCUACAAGUCCCACAUGGGUGACUGAAAGAUGAACGAGGUCCACACUCCAGUCUAGUUGGUGGCGGUGAUGCACCUUAAAGUUGGCUACCAACCGCCAUAUAACAUCCACAGAAGAAGAAGAAGAAGAGGAAGGAUGAUUAAUAAAAAAAAAUGAACUAGGUUUCCCCAUUUUAUCUGUGGAUUAAUUGUCGGAAUUGAGAACACACAAUUUUGUAUGACUCAAAAUGCAUACAAAUUCUACAAAGAUCCAGCAAAAAAAAAGGACCAUGUGCAUUUCAGGUAAAAUAACAAUCUUUAUCUCCCAGGACAAAUUAGCUAGCAAUAGCAAGCUAGCUAAAUGUUCAUGAAUGUUUCAUGUGUGUUUCGACCUGUAGUUGGUUCACAGUUGGUUUUGGUAUUUUAACCUGUGUGUCAUGAACGCUUCUGGCGGGGAUAGACAUAAUCAACAUGCUCACAAUGGUGCACGCAGACGCACAUACGGAGAUGGUUUGGUCAGCAUGUAAGCCUGUGUUUACCACAGACCUUAUUGUCGUCGUUUAUCCAAAAACCCUCCAAAAACGCAAUUAAUUUCCCCAUAGGCUUUGUCCAAUGAAUAAUGGUGGAGUUGGUGCCUACAAAAAGACGCCAUUACUAUUGCUCUCUAUGGUGAGCAAUAUGUUUGGAACAUCGAAUCACAAUAAAAUCACAGUAUCGAAUCGCAAUACAUAUAGAAUCAUGAGAAUAAUGUAUUUAAAAGGCAGGUAGCAUAAAUGUAACCACAUGUUUCAUAUGGAUUUGCAUUAGUAUACAGUACACAGCAAAAGGCCCAAUGCAAAGUUAAACCUCACUUUUCUAAUCAGAAUGCCGAAGUCAUGUCGGAAAAAGUUUUUCCGGGGUGUGAUGUAAUAUGGAGGACCCGGCAAGCUAGCCUAUUCCCUAUAAUGUAAACUCAAACAGAAAGUACUUUAAAUGUAUAACUUCAAAUUAACUCAUGACUACUGGGGUUUCAAUUACAUUUUCAGCCAACUUACAAGAAAAUACUUUAUUAAUUUAUUGUUACAAAUCAACUUGCAAGGUUGCUAGCCUGCUAAGUUAGCCCUACUAGCCUGCUAAUGUUAGCCCACCAGCCUGCUAACGUUACACUUGCACUGAAUGAGUCAGCCAGUUGCUAUCAACACCUAGCUUACAGCUACAUUAAAGUAAACCAACGUUUUGGAAAUAUAUAACGCCAUCUAACCAAAUAUCAAAGAAUGUUAGCUAUAUGCAGUUAUCUUAGCCAGCCAGCUAACAUGAGCUAUUUAGCCAACUAAUGCUAGCUAUUAGCCAGCCUAGCCAACCAGCAUGGCUAUGGUUGGCAUGCUAGAGCCCAACUACUGGAGACCAGUUAGAACACAACUAACAUAACACAACUAAAACAUAACCACAGAUCAAAAGAGCAGAGACUUACAGAUUGAUGGCUGGGGCCCAUCCGAUGGGAAGAGUCAGGGAAAAUCCAAUAGCGAGAAAAAUCCAAGAUACAUAGAUUCCAGAUGUCAGCCAGCUAGCGAGCUAGCUCUAAACCAAGGUGGAAAAAGUUACAUAACUCCUGUAGCCUACUUAUCAGAGAACAUGCUUUACAAAACAAAAAGGAGAACAGAUGAGGUACCACCGUUACAUAAUUAGCUUAAUCAGGUAGGAUUUUCUCUUUUGUUUUGAGCCAACGGCAAGAAGGCACCAGAGCCUGCAGUGCUAACGGGUUCCCACUAGAUAACACAGCCGCAAAGUCCGUGAAGAGCUAGCAUACAAACUCAGUAGCACAGAGUAGAGCCUCCAUAUGACAUUGAGAAAUAGUGCAUAGUGGGUAGUUUCAGAAAUAACGUAAUAAAUAUAUAAAUACCCCAAAACAUAACUAUAUUUGUAAUUAUAGGUAACCAGAUCUUGACUACAACUAAGUUACUAAGUCUUUGACCACAAUGUGUUGUUACUUUGGUGAGUAAAAAUUAAUGCUUCCUACCCUUUAAUGCUUAAAAUGCCAUUUUUUAAAAUCGAUUUUCCGUGAAAAUAAAUUUGAAAUUUAUACAAUUCCAUGUGAAUUCACAAUGCAUCUGCUCUGCUGCCAGCAGCGGUUUGGGUCUCACGGUGCGUCACUUUCAGAUGGUUAAGCAUUGCAGCUGUACUACCAUUACUGUACCUCAAUUCCACCUCGCAAAGUUUGCAUUUCCUUCUCAUUUAACUUCUCAAAGUAUUGCCAUACAGGACUUCGCUGCUGUCGCUGGCCUUUUUCUGCCAUUUUUCCAACCGUUGACGACGAUGAUGAAGUGGUGGUGAGUCGACUCGAAAAUAAGUGAUUCCUCGACUCCUUGCACGUCGACUCCUGGGGUCGACUCCCAUUUCUGAGUGUCAAAAUUGGAUUCCGCUAGGAGAACACAAACACUUGCAUCUUUCAUAGCGAGUUAGCUAGAGACGGAAAGAGAGGGGAGCGGCACAGUAUGUCUCGCAACUUCAGUAAAGCAGGGCCUAUCAUCAGUGAAUAACCUAGGAUAUUGAGAUGAGCUAGAUGCAACACUUCGCUCUCACACAGUCACACACAGUAUCUGCGCAUGUGCAUGGGUUCGCUUCACGCUGUUCACAGCGUGGUAGCCAGGGCACCAAAACAGUAGGAGAAGUUGAGCCUCGCACUUCAAUGCUCAUAGUUGUUGCGGAAAUUGACCCACUAUGCUGUUUAUUUUUUGCAUCGACGUAAAAAACUAUAAACAUUGUUUUUCGGUUAGGGAUUUUUCUUAACGUUAACCAUUUACACUCGUGGGAAUUGGCCUUCAUGGAAAGGGCUAAGUUGAAAUCUUACAGAACAAAUAUGAAAAGCAUACGCAUAACCAUGGCAGCAAUUGAAAGGGAACAGUUUCGAGAUUAUGGGAAAAUUAUUAUACCAAAGGUGAGGACACAACAGUUCACCUGACACAAGACUGAAUCCAAAUAUUACCCUGUUGAUUUUGUGCAUUUUACAUUUACUGUACUUUUCGCCGCAUUUGUUGAUAACGAAAUCUGAAAAUAUUCUUUAUACAUUCAGUAACAUGAUGAGGGGGUAGGUGCAACAUAAGACAAAAAAAGACAAGGGUUUGAGUGAGAGGACUAACUGGUGUCUCCCAAGUGGCCACACACCUCUCCAAAGUGUGCACAGUUCCUAUGUAAUUUCAAUGCAUUUUUAUGAAUAAAAGAAGAUUCUUAAACUAUAAGGUGCUUUUUUGAGCUCGCCUUGCUGUGCCAUUGAGGAACUAGAGCAAACACACGUUGUUGUUUUGUUUGGAACACAACCCUGCAUCGCUGCCCUCACAAAGUUACUGUUGUUGUUUACGCAAUCCAAAAACGGACCAUUAUAAAUCGCACUCUGGGUCAGGUGGGCAUAAUUUGAAAGCCUUUUCUAUUGCCAACAUGACUAGCUAAGUUAUAGAAUACAAUAUUACAGUGUUAGACUUUCACAAUGCAAUUCAAAGGAGUCAUGAGUGCCUUCAGGUGCGUGUGCCGUGACACAUUUUCUCCACAAUAGACAAACAGGCUCAUUCUGUUCAGAACAACCUAGGGUAUGACGUCAUGUCAUCUUGUAACUGUAUAUCAAACAUAGUGAUCAUAAACAUUGAGACUGUAAAUGUUAUGAGUUUUAUGAUAUGGAAAUGUUUAGUGCACAUUUGGAGUCAUGGGUGUAUGUCUGUAGCGGUGGCGGUGCUUGCUUAGUUCGUAGCCCAACUGUAUUGGAGCCCAGAGGAGAACAUACUCAGGGCUUGCAGCCAAGUGUUAGCCUCCUGGCAGAGGCAACCAGGUUUUUGGCUAAAAUGUCCUGGUACAGUAGCUUGCGAAAGUAUUCAUCCCCCUUGGCAUUUUUCCCAUUUUGUUGCCUUACAACCUGGAAUUAGAAUUUAUUUUUGGGGGGUUUGUAUCAUUUGAUUCACACAACAUGCCUACCACUUUGAAGAUGCAAAAUAUUUUUUGUUUCACAAGAAAUAAGACAAAAAACUGAACUUGAGUGUGCUUAACUAUUCACUCCCCCAAAGUCAAUACUUUGUAGAGCCACCUUUUGCAGCAAUUACAGCUGCAAGUCUCUUGGGGUAUGUCUCUAUAAGCUUGGAACAUCUAGCCACUGGGAUUUUUGCCCAUUCUUCAAGGCAAAACUGCUCCAGCUCCUUCAAGUUGGAUGGGUUCCGCUGGUGUACAGCAAUCCUUAAGUCAUACCACAGAUUCUCAAUUGGAUUUAGGUCUGGGCUUUAACUAGGCCAUUCCAAGACAUUUAAAUGUUUCCCCUUAAACCACUCGAGUGUUGCUUUAGCAGUAUGCUUAGGGUCAUUGUCCUGCUGGAAGGUGAACCUCCGUCUCAGUCUCAAGUCUCUGGAAGACUGAAGCAGGUUUCCCUCAAGAGUUUCCCUGUAUUUAGCGCCAUCCAUCGUUCCUUCAAUUCUGACCAGUUUCCCAGUCCCUACCGAUAAAAAACCUCCCCACAGCAUGAUGCUGCCACCACCAUGCUUCACUGUGGGGAUGGUGUUCUCGGGUGAUGAGAGGUGUUGGCUUUGCGCCAGACAUAGCGUUUUCCUCCAAUUUUAGUCUCAUCUGACCAGAGUACCUUCUUCCAUAUGUUUGGGGAGUCUCCCACAUGCCUUUUGGCCAACACCAAACGUGUUUGCUUAUUUAUUUCUUUAAGCAAUAGCUUUUUUCUGGCCACUCUUCCGUAAAGCCCAGCUCUGUGGAGUGUACGGCUUAAAGUGGUCCUAUGGACAGAUACUCCAAUCUCCGCUGUGGAGCUUUGCAGCUCCUUCAGUGUUAUCUUUGGUCUCUUUGUUGCCUCUGAUUAAUGCCCUCCUUGCCUGGUCUGUGAGUUUUGGUGGGCGGCCCUCUCUUGGCAGGUUUGUUGUGGUGCCAUAUUCUUUCAAUUUUUUUAUAAUGGAUUUAAUGGUGCUCUGUGGGAUGUUCAAAGUUUCGGAUAUUUUUUUAUAACCCAACCCUGAUCUGUACUUCUCCACAACUUUGUCCCUGACCUGUUUGGAGAGCUCCUUGGUCUUCAUGGUGCAGCUUGCUUGGUGGUGCCCCUUGCUUAGUGGUGUUGCAGAUGCUGGGGCCUUUCAGAACAGGUGUAUAUAUACUGAGAUCAUGUAACAGAUCAUGUGACACUUAGAUUGCACACAGGUGGACUUUAUUUAACUAAUUAUGUUACUUCUGAAGGUAAUUGGUUGCACCAGAUCUUAUUUAGGGAAUUCAUAGCAAAGGGGGUGAAUAGAAAUGCACGCACCACUUUUCCGUUAUUUAUAUUUUAGAAUUUUUUGAAAAAAGUACUUUUUUUCAUUCCACUUCACCAAUUUGGACUAUUUUGUGUAUGUCCAUUACAUGAAAUCCAAAUAAAAAUCAAUUUAAAUUACAGGUUGUAAUGCAACAAAAUAUGAAAAACGCGAAGGGGGAUGAAUACUUUUGCAAGGCACUGUACUUGGUAAAAAGUUAAUGAUGCCGCUGAACUUAACAAGGCCCCAGGACCAGUGGAAGCAAAAUAGCCCCAUAACACCAAAGAUCCACCACCAUAUUUUACUGUAGUUAUGAGGUACUUUUCUGCAUAUGCUUCUGUUUUUCAAUGCCAAACCCACCACUGGUGUGCGUGGCCAUAGAGCUCUUAUUUUCAUCUCAUCUGACAAUAGCAUCUGACAUUUUAGCCAUAAACUUGGUUGCCUCUGCUAGGAGGCUGACACCUGUCCACAAGUGGAUCUUCCAGCAAGACAAUAACCCCAAGCACACAUCAAAAUCCUCAAAGAAAUGGUUAAUUGACCACAAAAUCUAAAUGUUGUAUUGGCCAUCUCAGUCUCCGGAAUUGAACCCCACUGAAAAACUUUUUAGCAUGCAACAUAGCUCUAUAUUUGUAUAAUUUAUUUGAUAGUCUUUUUUUGCUCAUCUUUAUCAAGGGUGCCAAUAAUUAUGUACCUGACUUAGGUGUAGUUUCGAUGGGCCAUCAUCAGCUGCGCAGGCUGACUGCCAGUUAAUUAUUUGUGGUGAGUGAGGGGCAGGGGGAAAACAUGACAUGACCUCUUAAAACCGCUUAUAACACAAAUUAUGUUUGUGAUAUUAAGAUUCUAACAAUGACAUUGUGUUAUAUAGACUUAUUAAGGAAAAGCCAAGGAUGGGGGGUGACACGUGACUUUAAAAAUGGCAGAGUAAUUAAAAAGUAAAUUUGUUUUUGAAUCAACAUGACGCUAUCGGCUCAGCUAGUGUUAAACCAAAGCCUUGUAGCCUGGUUUCAGUGAGGGGCUGUUAUAACACCCUAUUCCCUACAUAGUGCACUACUUUUGACCGAGCCCUAUGGGCCCUGUUCAAAAGUAGUGUACUAAAUACUGCACUAAAUAGGGAAUAGGGUGCAAUUAGGGAUGCACAGUUGACUUUUCCCUCCAGAGGAAAGUAAUCCAGUUAAAGUGGAGAUGGGAUCAGCCUGGUGAUUAACUGGUUUUUGAUUCAGGGAGAUAACAUUACCACCAUCCCUCCUCUCCUCUCCUUUCCUCUCUUCGAUGAAGGUUUAUUGAAAUGUAUGAAACCUUUUUAUAUUUUUUUAUAUUACAAAACAUCUCAACAAGCACCCAGUAGCCUAUUCACAACCAUCUUAUUUCACCUUAUUAUAAAAGUAAAACACAUUUUUGUCUGUGAACGUUGAGAAAAACAGCAGAUUUAUUUUAUAUAAAUAAAUAAUGUUGUAACCUGACUAAACUCCUACUUCUCUACUGUGAGUCUCCAGGGCUGUACAGGCAGCAUCGUGUCCGUAGGGGGUCAGAUUCCCAAUAACCUGGCCAUGCCUCUGCACCUGAACGGGGUCAAUAUCCUAGGAACCAACCCCCUGCAGAUCGACCGAGCCGAGGAAAGAUCAGUGUUCUCCACCAUCCUGGAUGAACUGGGGGUGGCCCAGGCCCCAUGGAAGGCCCUCAGCUCACUGGUGAGACACAUGCACACACACAACACAAAAAAACUGUCCCCU